UAUGUCUGCGCCCAUGAAAGAUCGUCCGCUCAAAUCGCGUUAUCGGUUAACAGGGUCGUGCGGGUCAAUCUUCGUGUCAAGCUGAUCAUUAAACCCGGGUCAAUGUACCAAAGGUUACUGAACAAAAUACACGGGGCGGUGAGGAAUACAUGUUCAACCGUCUGAAGGUAAGAGUAGGUGCAUGCAUCAACCUGUGCCAUAGAUCCAAAAUGGAGAAAGUACAGCACCGUUCAUAUAUGCAGUCACAGUUUUUAACUCUCCAUGGUGUUCCCACCCAUGUGCUGAAGUGUGGAGAUGUCAAGAAAGGAAAUCCAUCUGGAAACGAGCCUUUUUUAGCUGUGAUAAUACCAGGCAACCCAGGAAUUGUGGGCUACUAUGAGGAGUUUAUGGACAAACUUUACACCCUGAGUAACAAGAGACUGCCUGUGUGGGCUGUGUCACAUGCAGGGCACGUAAAGAUUCCUAAAGAAUUGGAGAUUCAGGCCUCCGCUCAUGAUCCAUUCAACCUUGAGGGUCAAAUUCAACACAAGAUGGACUUUCUCAGGAACCACGUACCCAAAGAUGUAAACAUAAUUUUGAUUGGUCAUUCCAUAGGCUGUUACAUCAUUCUCCAACUCGUGAACAGACUGCCCGAUUUAAACAUACACCGCGCCAUCAUGCUAUUCCCAACAAUAGAGCGAAUGGCUCUGUCACCUCAGGGACGUAUUGCAACACCAUUCCUACGCUAUUUUCGCUGGAUUGCUCGCGGGGCUGCUUAUUUCCUGUCCUUCCUUCCCCAAAACCUUCAGCGAAAGCUGAUAAUUUGGCACCUAGCAGAUGACAACCUUCCGGAGUGUGCAAUCGAAUCUACUUUGAAUUUAGUGGACCAUUUUUGUCUUGGGAACGUAAUGUACAUGGCCAACACCGAAAUGAACGAGGUCACUGACCUACAUGUUGAUAUCAUCCGUGCUCACCUGAAGAAACUCACCUUCUAUAUGGGAUUGACAGAUGCAUGGUGCCCUGUGGAGUACUAUGAGGGAAUGAAAGAGAGGUUUCCAGACGGAGACAUUAAAUUGUGCCAAGUUGGCUAUGAGCAUGCCUUUGUUCUCACAGCUAGUGAGCCAGUCGCUCAGUUAACAUGGAGUUGGUUGGAAAAAGAUGUUUCAGAGAAAAUAGAUGCAGAUUAACAGAGCUAUUCUUUAAUACCAUUGUGGUGGAUGUGUUCAUUGUCUUCUCUGACACAAUCCAGUCCAGGCAUCCUGGGGCUAUUAUGAGGAUUUUUUAACACAUUGAUGCAGAUUUACAGAGAUUUCUACAUAGACUAAAGGAGUAUUUUGCAAUAUGAUGACUUAGCUACCCAGUAACGCAUCAAAUUCUGUAACAGCAGAAUUAGAAUAAAUUUAUUUUCAGUGUUCACAUUAACAAUGCACUUAAAC